AUGAGUCAUACAAGAGGAGAACCAAUCAAUAGUAGUCUUGCAUUUGAGAAUAUAAGUGCAGAUUUAUAUGGAGAUGAUAUCAUGUCUAUGCUGAAUGUGCAAUAUAGCAUGCAUGGACUUAUAAUGACUAGGUCUUCUAAAGAGCUUUACAACAAUAAGAUUAAAGCUCAUGCAAGUGCUGCUGGACAUAUUCUAUAUGAGCUUGAAGGUGUUGAGAAGUCGUCUUCUUCCACUGAACCUACUCUUCUUCUCAUAGACAUUGGAAAUCUCAACUCUAACAAUGCAGAUCAGGUCAUCUUUGAUAAGGUUGCUGAAAUCAACACAUCCAAAGAUUGUUGGAACCUACGUGUUAAGGUCGUCAUGCUGUGGAAACCGACCUAUAUAAACAAUCUUAAUAUGGUCGCAAGCCUGGACAUGAUUUUAAUUGAUCAGGAGAAUUUAACCAACAAUAAAAAAAAUCUUAUUCCUGUAUUUGAAUCCCUAUUUGAUGAAGGAGCUGUUCGAGAGAUCAGUAACUUCGAUAUGGCUAGCAAUGAAAGCGAAUACAUGCUUGUUCCUCAUAAACAUAAAAUAAAUUUCAACAAAACCACAAAAGUUCGUGUAUCCACUGAUUUUGUUGAUACAAUAGAUCCUUAUCAUUUUAUCUCUUUCCCAGAUUUGCUAGCCAGGAUCUUUAACACUCGUGUUGCAUUUGAUUUUCUAGGUGAAGUUGUGUCAACCGAUCCCAUGCGAGUCAUUGUUGAGUAUGGAAGAGAGAAAAGGUUAAUGAAUCUGAUUUCUCCAGAUUUAAGGAUUAGGAUAGUAGUUCGUGUGCAAGAUGAAAGUGGGUCUUCUUCGUUUGUAUUGUUUGAGUGUCACAGCAACUAUCGUGCUUACACUGUGCAUAAGUUAACUGAUGAUGAAAGGGUUCUUGCUGAGGUUUUUAAACGGCCACCAAAUCAUCAACAUCAUAAUAUAAAUGAUAAUGGUACUCCUAUUAACAAGGCAAAGAAGGAAAAUAUUAAUUUUGUGCAUGAUGACAAUCUUGAUGUUGUUGACCUUAAAGUUGUAACACCAUCAUCGAGUACGGGGAAGGGCCCUAUUGAGAUUGAUGCCAACACUGACUCUUUGGAGUGGUCUUCUUCAAAAACUCGUGCUGUACGAGAUACCUUGAAGAUCCCAAAGUUGGAAAAGUUAGACUAAUAUGAAUCCGCCCAUCAAAAUUUUACAUAUCAUCUUCGAUAUGUUUAUAGAUAUUUUCUUUUUAAUGUUUUGUGUGUUGCAUUUUUAAUUGUCUGUUUAUUGAUAUUUUGGUUGUUUUCAAAAUUUUAUUGACUUUUUAUUUGGUGUGUAUACAAUGAUAGAAUUAGAGGUUAUGACAAUUUCAAAUUAUUGAACUCUUUUGAUUUAAUGCAUAUUUUCUUUCUUUUUUCUUU